AUGUCCCUCCCCACCGAAACAAAGCAAUACAUCCUCGCCAACAAGCCCACCGACCUCCCCUCCCUCUCGGGCCCCUCCCCAACCUUCUCCCUAGAAACAACCCCCCUCCCCCCUCUCAACGACGACCAAGUCCUCGUGCAAACCCACUACAUAUCCAACGACCCCGCCCAACGCGGCUGGAUCUCCAAAUAUGCCGACCCCAAACGCCUCUAUGUGCCCCCUGUCCCGCAGGGCGCCGUAAUGCGAUCUCGCAACGUCUGCGAAGUCCUUGAUUCCAAGACCCCUCGCUUUUCCAAGGGAGACAUUGUGCUCGGCAAUCCCGGGUGGACAGAAUAUGCCGUCGUGGACGCGAGCACGCUGCAGAAAGCCGAGAAGGUGCCGGGAUUGAGCGAGACGCAAUUCCUUGGUGCCCUGGGCUUGACAGGCAUCACGGCGUACUAUGGCUUGACGGAGAUUGCGAAGGCGGGGCCGGAGGACGCGGUCGUUGUCAGUGGUGCGGCGGGCGCCACGGGGAGUAUGGUCGUGCAGAUUGCGAAGCAUAUCCUGGGGUGUAAGCGGGUGAUUGGGAUGGCCGGGGAGGAGGGGAAGUGCAGAUGGGUGGAGAGUCUAGGGGCGGACGUGUGUUUGAAUUAUAAAGACGAGGCGUUCAAAGAACGCUUGAAGAAGGAGACGGAGGAUUUCGUGGAGGUGUAUUUUGAUAACGUGGGUGGGGAGAUUCUGGACUUGAUGCUGACGAGGAUGAAGAGGCAUGGACGGGUCGCCGCGUGUGGGGCCAUUACGCAGUAUAAUAAGAGUAAGCAGGAUGGGAUCAAGAAUUGGUUUCAGGUCAUCUCGAUGAGGCUUGAGAUUCGGGGAUUCAUUGUGUUCGAUUACAUGGACAAGGCGCAGCAGGCGGUGGGGACGCUGGUAAAGGCUUUUAAGGAGGGAAAGAUUCGAUUGGGAGAUGAGAAUGAGACCAUUGUUGAUACGAAGUUUGAGGAUGUGCCCGGAACGUGGAUGAAGCUGUUUGAGGGUGGGAACACUGGGAAACUGGUCACGAAACUUGUGUAG